AUGGCACGUUGCAGACCGUGUGAGGAGCCGCGGCUGUUACUGCUGGUGCGCAGGUGGAUGGAGCCGGCGCUGUGCCUGGCGGGACGUAUGUUAUGUUGGUCUACCAUAUGUUUCCCGUUGGCGAGUUGCGUGCUGUACUGGCUGUUACACUUGGUCCUGGCGAGUGUUUCAUUGCGAAUUUUGUACGUGGCAUCCUUCCUUUUUCUGUUCAACCUCGCGCAGCUGGGAGUCUUUUGGUUGUGUUCGCUGACGUCUAGUUAUCGCGACUUCGUGCGUCUGAUCUGGCGCCGCGAUGCGGGGGGUGCGGACCGGACCUUUUUGAGCACGAUCUUGACUUGUCGGGAAUGGCACAGCGAACACACGCUCGUUGACCUCGCGGUCACGCUACUCGUGCCCAUGCUCUGUGUACUCUUCCCUGUCCCCGAGUACAAGCUGGUUAUCUCCUACGCCCUCCUCGGCACAGAUCGCUGUCCACAUCGCAAGACCAAAAUACCUCACCGGCCUGCCCAAUCUUUCUGCUCCAUCGAGUCCGUCUUCCGCCGCUUCCUCGCCAUCCGAGCACCAAUCUUCCCAGUUGCUAGCGCAGACAGCUACUGGACACUAGACACACCCGAGAACCGCUGCCAAAUCGUCGGCCUCGCCGUUCUCGAUCAACCCCUCUCACUCACACGCUUACGCCGCCUUGUCGCCCAACGCUUCGUCCUCAGCGACUCCAAACUUCACAGCAUACUCACACACGCGUUCGGCAGACUCGCCUGGCAACCACUCAUCCUCCCUCACAGAUGCUAUUGGGGCGACCACAUCCACCGACGUGGACGCAAAACGGAUACCGUCACCAUCCAGAAAAUAGCCAAAUUGACAAGAAACAAUACGGACACCCAGACCAACCAGACCAUCGGCCCAGCCGCCGACACCCUCUUCCGGGACACCACCUUAGACACGCGUGCGGCGAGCGCGCACACGCGUGCGGAGAAACGCGCACUGUCGCGGCCAUUGGUGCGUGAAAGCGACCUUGACGUUGGUUCCGACAUCGAGGAACCCAUCACCACGCUCCGGCUGCCUCUGCCGUCUGUGCAUUCGCCCGAUCUCUUGCCCGAUCUCUCGCCCGAUCUCUCGCCCGAUCUCUCGUCUGUUACGACCCCGCCUGCGACCCUGCUGGGCAGGACGCCUGCUUUUGACUCCCCCGCGAUCCCGGCUGGUUGCUUCGACAUCCGGAAGCACGUCUAUCAGGUCGACAUCGACGCAGCCGAGACGACGAUCCACGAGGCCGUCUCCCAACUAGCCUCUUCACCCCUGCCGAGCGAGGCUCCGCCCUGGCGCAUUGUCCUCCUCAAAAUCCACAAGAGCGCAGCAGCCGUCUCGGGGUCUGAGGAGCCGAGUGGAUCUGCCUCGGAAGACACACCAGACACGUGUGUGGUGUGCCAGUGCCACCACGGCAUGGGUGACGGUACGGCGAUAAUGGCAAGUCUGUUGAUGCACUUCUUUGACCGGUCGGCGGAGGUGGACCAGUUGGUAAACGGGUUUGAGUACACUUGGCGACAACGCGUGUUGGCCUGUGCCUUUGUGGCGUGGCAGUGGGUACGCAUGCUCUUCUUCGGGCUCCGCGUCAUUGUCUUCUGGGCGCUAUGGUGUCCAAAGCCGCCGAGCACUUUCCAACCUAGACCCGACUCGCUGUGCACACGCAAUCGACCCACCGGAAUCAAACACCUGUCUCCGCCCGUGCUCAUCCCCCUCCAGGCCGUCCAUGCACUGCGCCAAAAAAUACAACUCGCCAUACACGCCUCCUUCCGCCCCACCGUCAACGACGUCAUGCUCUGCUGCGUCGCCCGCGCGGUCAAACGUCUCCGCUCCGGCGAAGCCACUCGUGACCUCCUCCGCAAAGUCCGCGCUCGAAAUCAUGCACACACCCUCCACCAAGACAAGACACCUUGGAACAGCACACGCCAUGUCGUCGCCGGCGAAAGCCCCGUACACUUCCCAGACCUCGGCUCACCCUCCUUUCGCGCUACCGAAGACGGACUCCGCUCAAAGGCUCCCACCCAACAGCAAGCCCUCGUCGCAGACCAGGCGGACGUACUCCCCUCGCACUCCAGCUAUUCCUGCCAAUUCGACAAACACGUUCAAAUCAUGAUGCCCAUGAGCACCAGACUCGCACCUCCCAAACAACUUAAUAACGCAACCGCCACCGUCAUGUGCAGAAUGCCUCUUCCCUACGAAAGCGGUAAACCACACACCCACCCCCGCCUCUCACGCCCAUCCACUCCGCACCACUCACCACUCACCUCAGAAAGGAAAACUCUCACCAGCUGGUCACAGAACAUGACGCUGGAAGAAAUCUCGCCACUCAUGCACCUCUGGGACGUCAAGCGGGAACUGGACCAUAUCAAGACCAAACAUGUCUCCUGGCUCUUCUACUUCCUUUCGAGAGCCGGAGCCCAAAUACUCCCUGGUCCCAUCAUUAGCUUUUUUGUAACAGCCAUGGUGAACAAAGUGCAACUGCUGGUCACCAACGUGCGCGGCCCCUCAUCGACAAUAUAUCUGGACAAGAUCAAAGUGCGCUCCUUCCAGUUCUGGCCGCCCGCGAAGGGCGAGCUGACGGGCGGCGUGGCCAUGUUCUCACUCGGGCCGGACUUGCUAAUCACCACGAUCUUCGACGAGUGUGAACUGGUGACCUUGUUCGAGGACAAAGCCGCCUGGGACCAACUGACCCCCGCCGACCGCGCCGUGCUCAGUCAGUACCUCGCGAACCUGAUCCGCAAGGAGUUUGGCGAGCUCACGCGGCACACCGACCAGCUCCUUAAGAAGAGUUGCUCACUCAAGAAUCAAGCCUGGACCAAGUGA